AGAAGUCAGUCCCUCAGCGGCAGCAGUAGAGGUGUCUGUCCGCGGUAAGACAAUCUCCCUCUCCCGGGUUCCUGACAAAACGUCUUCCCUGCGAUACGAGCCCUCUGUUUUCGGCCAUGACGACGAGCGCGAAACGAAAGCAGGAGGAGACUCACCUGAAGAUGCUCCGGGAAAUGACGAGCCUACCCGCGAAUAGGAAAUGCUUCGACUGCGACCAGCGCGGCCCGACCUAUGUCAACAUGACGGUGGGCUCCUUCGUCUGCACCACCUGCUCCGGCAUCCUGCGAGGACUCAAUCCCCCACACAGAGUGAAGUCCAUCUCUAUGACUACUUUCACACAGCAGGAAAUCGAAUUCCUACAAAAGCACAGCAAUGAGGUCUGUAAACACAUCUGGUUGGGCCUCUAUGAUGACAGGACAUCAGUUGUUCCAGAUUUCCGGGAACCACAAAAAGUAAAGGAAUUCCUUCAGGAAAAAUAUGAAAAGAAAAGAUGGUAUGUUCCUCCAGACCAGGCAAGGGCAAUGGCAAGUGUCCAGGCAUCUGUGUCAGGCUCCUCAGCCAGCAGCACUGGCAGCACUCCGGAGGUCCAACCCCUCAAGAGUUUGCAGCUCAACAAGACUCCACUGCGCCAGUCCCCGGCACUAGGUCGCUCCCAGGCUCACAUCACUGCUCAGGAAAAGAAGUUUGACUUGCUGUCAGAUCUGGGAGGAGACAUAUUUGCUGCUCCACCCACUCAAGCUGCUAGCUCUGCCAACUUUGCCAAUUUUGCACAUUUUCAAAGCCACUCAGCACCUCAGGGUGAGUCACAUACCAACUUUGCAAACUUUGAAGCAUUUGGGAAUACUGCAAUUCCAUCUCAUCUGAGCACAUCAUCCCCUUCAAACUCCUUUUCAUCAGCAGGAGGAGGUGUUCCAAUCCCGUCAGUGUCCAGUGCUGUUCCUGCACAGUCACAGACAGGCGGGUGCACUGAGGACCGCUAUGCUGCUCUAGCUGAGUUAGACAAUGAGCUCAGUUCGUCUGCUGCCACAGGCAACAAUGUGCAAGGAAAUAUAUUUGGAGCGGUACUCAGGUCAUCACCAGCCCAGAAUCCACCCGUCUUACCGAGCGUGCAGCCUGGUUUUGGAGCUGUUCCUUCCACAAAUCCAUUUGUUGCUGCAGCUGUUGUUCCAGAGAUGGCCACCAACCCUUUCCAGACCAAUGGCAGAGCUCCAGCUGCAGUGUCAUUUGGUACUGGCUCUAUGAGCAUGCCUGCCGGCUUUGGGAAUGCAUCUUCCUACUGCCUUCCGACCAGUUUCAGCGGAAACUUCCAGCAGCAAUUCCCUGGCCAGGUCCCUAUCCCUUAUUCUCAACCUGGGGCAUAUCACCCUCAGUCUAAUGGCCCUGCUUUCCCAGUCUAUGGUCAGACCAAGCCCUCCAUGACCCCCUUUGGACAGCCCAUGGCUGGCCCUGGCAUGUCCAAUAACCCUUUUGUGGCAGGAGCCCCAGCUGGAGCUGGCUCAUUCCCUUCAGGGAGUUCCACCAACCCCUUCCUGUAGCACAGUUCUCAGUCCUCACCACUAGAGGGAAGCAUGCAGCACAUAUUCAAUACAGCAAUUUGUGGCAGUACUUUUUUUCACUCUCCCUAGCACCCCCCCGCCCCCCCUUAUUUUCCCCAUAAGGUUUACAACACUAUGAAGGAGUACAAGGACUUUAUUAAAGGCUGCAGGACUGUUACAGGGUGUACAGUUUGGACUAUAUUCAGGACAUUAUAUGCUUUUUAUUUUUUGUCUAACUGUAAAAAUCUGUGCAUAUCAUCAUUUGUUAUCACAAUUAAGUACAUUAUAUAAACAAAGGUGAGUAUACACACACCUUAUA